GUUCUGGGAGGCUCGAGCGUGCUCAACACGAUGCUCUACAUUCGGGGAAAUCGUCGGGACUUCGAUCAAUGGGAGAGCUUCGGGAAUCCGGGUUGGGGCUACGAAGACGUCCUACCGUAUUUCAAAAAAUCGGAGGACCAGAGGAAUCCUUAUUUAGCCCGCAACACGAAAUACCACGGCACUGGUAGGAAGUCUUGUUUUUAUACGACUUUAAAAUUGGACAAUAUUUCCAGGCACGAUUACGACAACUGGGCGAGACUGGGGAACGUCGGUUGGAGUUACGACGAAGUUCUCCCAUAUUUCCUCAAGUCUGAGGACAACCGCAACCCGUACUUAGCUAGAACGCCUUAUCACGGCACCGACGGUUAUUUGACUGUCCAAGAGGCGCCGUGGCGGACGCCGUUAUCGAUCGCGUUCCUGCAAGCGGGCCAGGAGCUCGGUUACGAGACCCGCGACAUAAACGGUGCGAAUCAGACCGGUUUCAUGUUGCCACAGUUCACCAUUCGUCGUGGCAGCCGUUGCUCCACAGCGAAGGCGUUCCUGAGGCCGGUGAGGAACAGAGAGAACUUGCACAUAGCGAUGCAAGCACAAGCAUUGCGGGUGCUGUUCAACGGGGACAAAAGAGCGACGGGCGUGGAGAUCCUCAGGGACGGUCAUCGGCAAGUGAUAAGAGUCAGACGGGAGGUCGUGUUAUCAGCCGGUGCGAUCAAUUCGCCCCAACUGUUGAUGCUGUCUGGCAUCGGACCCGCGGAACACUUAGCUGAAUUCGGUAUACCGGUUUUAUCCGAUUUGAGAGUCGGUGACAAUCUUCAGGACCACGUAGGCCUUGGUGGGUUCACGUUUAUAGUGAACGAACCGUUCAGUAUUAGAAAGGAUCGAUUUCAAACGUUUUCCGUGAUGAUGGAAUACAUUCUACGCGAGAAAGGGCCGAUGACCACCCCGGGGGUCGAAGGCCUGGCCUUCGUCAAUACCAAAUACGCUGACAAAUCGAUCGAUUUCCCGGAUGUUCAAUUUCACUUCGCCCCGAGUUCGGUCAGUUCCGACGAUGGUCAAAUUCAGAAGAUCACCGGUCUACGAGACAGCGUGUACAACACUAUGUACAAGCCGUUGAAUCAGGCAGAAACCUGGAGCAUUCUACCACUGUUACUGAGACCCAGAAGUUCUGGUUGGGUGCGUUUGAAGAGUAAAAACCCGCUCGCGUACCCGGAUAUCAAUCCGAACUACUUUACGCACAAGGAGGACGUGGACGUUCUCGUGGAGGGUAUCAAAAUCGCGUUGGCACUGUCGAACACGACUGCGUUCCAAAGAUUCGGUUCUAGACCGCAUACUAUUCGCAUGCCGGGUUGUCAGAGAUACCCGUUUGAUACCUACGAUUAUUGGGAGUGCGCGAUUCGACAUUUUACUUUUACCAUUUACCAUCCCACCGGGACGUGUAAAAUGGGACCAAAGAGCGACCCGACGGCGGUCGUCGAUCCGCGGUUGAGGGUGCGUGGGGUGAAGGGGUUGAGGGUCGCGGACGCGUCGAUCAUGCCAGUGAUAGUCAGUGGAAACCCGAACGCUCCUACCAUAAUGAUCGGUGAAAAAGCGAGCGACAUGAUCAAAGAAGACUGGAUGUACAGGAAGAGACGAUACGUGGGAAGAUGACGAGAAAUUAAUAGAAUAUUUUAAUAUAAUUAACGCUUUGACUGCCAAACGAAAUAUUCCUUUUAUAAAAUUGUUAUCAACCUAGCUCCGAAAUACCACAGAUAAUACAUCACCCUGAUCCGGGUGUCACGGCCCAUUGAAAGCUUUAUGCCUCACCUGAAUUUGGGUGACAUGCCAGUCGAAGUGUUAAGGGUGUCGGGACAAAUGGAAUAUACAGCGAGCGAAAUAUUCUGCGCCCUCGAUUCCUCUUAUAGUUUUUUAACAAUCGUGUUGAGAACGACAUGCGAUCAUUUCAAAUGUGUUAGAUUGUUUUUUUGUUGCUUACGAGUCCUUAAGAAUUUUAAUUCUAAGCUAGCGAUUAUUCGCAUAAUUACUCUCAGACAUACCAAACGAAUAUACAUACGUAAACGGUGUAUGUAUUUACAUAUUUAUAAAGAUUAAUAUUAAUAUGAACGUUUUGUAGAUAAACUCUAACAAGAAUCAAUGAA